AUGAGACGGCUCUGCCUCUCCGUCACCCUUCUCGUCCUCCUGGUCACCCUGGUGGCCAGCACCCUGGGGGGUAAACACAAGAGCCAUGCCAAAGGUUCUCGGCCUGCCUUCUGCCUGGAGCCUCAUUACACGGGUCCCUGCAGGGCCCGGAAGAUCAGGUACUUCUACAACGCCAAGUCUGGGCACUGCGAGAUCUUUAUAUAUGGAGGCUGCCGUGGGAAGAAGAACAACUUCCUGACAGCAGAGGAUUGCAUGAAGACCUGCGGUGGUCAUGCGGGGAUCCGGGGGAGGGAGGUGGGGAAGGAGGAGUGGACAAGGGUCCAGCUGCAGCUGGUGGAGCUGCACCCGGCCAGGAAGCAGCUUAGGUUCCUGGUUCCCACUGGGGCCAGGGUGACACCUGAUCCCCGGGGACUGGGAAAUGGCAAAGGUGGCAGCCAGCCGGCCUGCCUUGUCCGCUGA